AUGUCUUCUUUCUACUCGCGCGCGCUGUCUUUUGCUUCCCUGGCGUUCCUUUCGUUUGCCAAUGCCGACUUGAUUCCCUACAUCCAGGACGAGGCCUACGACCGCGGCGACUUGGGCUCUUAUCCGCUGCAGACCUACCGGAGCAGCAGUCUUAAUGCCCCGCGCCCCAACAUCCUUGCCUCGGACCGCAGCUGCGACGAUGGCUCCUACAUUUUCAUGAACCCCCGCGGCCAUCAGGUGCCCGACCCUAAUCCUGUCAUCCUCGAUGGCGCCGGAAAUCUGGUCUGGACCUUGCCUGGGAAACCGUACGGCCAAACGUACAACUUUAAUGUCCAGGAAUACGACGGCGAGCAGUACCUGACGUUCUGGGGCGGAGACGACGCCAUCGGUGGUCAUGGCCAGGGUAGUUAUUAUAUGCUCGACAAAACGUAUACCCAAGUGCGCGAAAUCAACGCAGUAGGACCAACUCCGGGCGACUUGCACGAGUUCCGCUUCACCAAAAAUGGCACCGCAUUAAUGACCGUCUACGACGUGACCCCCAUGGAUCUUUCGUCGAUCGGCGGGCCGGUCGAAGGCUGGGUGUGGGACGGCAGCAUCCAGGAACUGGACUUACGGACGGGCGAGCUGAUCUUCCAGUGGAAAUCGACGUCCCACUACACCAUCGAAGAUGGGUACAACGGCUACGGUGGCGGCGGUGACAGCCCCUCCAGCCCCUACGACUACUACCACAUCAACAGCAUCGACAAGGACGACUUUGGCAACUACCUAGUCUCGGCGCGCUACACGCACUCGGUGACGUACAUUGACGGACGCACAGGCGAGGUGCUGUGGCAGCUGGGCGGCAAGAGGAACAACUUUACGGACCUGACGGCCGGACGCGCGACCAACUUCGCGUGGCAGCACGACGCGCGCUGGCACGACAACCACACGACGAUCACGCUGUUCGACAACGAGGCCGAGUCCGGGUUUGCGUCGGCGGACUUCUCGCGCGGCCUGAAGAUCGAGGUGGACACGGAAGCAAUGACGGCGUCGCUAGUGACCGAGUACAUCAACCCGCAGCACAUUCUCUCGUCGUCGCAAGGUAGCGUGCAGGUGCUGCCGAACGGGCACGUGCUGCUGGGCUACGGGUACGCGGGCGCCUUCACCGAGUUCAGCGCCAACGGCGGCGUGCUGUGCGAUGUGCACUUUGGAGCGGCGUCGCGCUUCCAGUCGGGCGACGUGCAGAGCUACCGCGUGCUCAAGGGCGCGUGGACCGGGUUCCCCAACACGCGCCCGGACAUCAAGAUCGACGGCGAGAGCGUCUUCGUGUCCUGGAACGGCGCGACCGAGGUGCACCGCUGGGUGCUGCAGGACGCCGACCAGCCCGAC